UCGCUUUAAAGCAUAGUUGUUAGACUGAGGAGAGUUCCAGCACGAUGUAUUUGAGACCUUCAGAAAUAUUUUUCUCACAAGAUUCAAUUAAUAAUGUUUUUGAUAAAAAUUGUGGUCAUAGCUAUCAGCCGAUAGGCGAAACACUUGAUGCACUGUGCGAUGGAAGGUGCUCUGUUAGUAGCAUACCAACUAUAUCAGUUGUAAAACAGAACAAUAAAUGGUUCACAGCUGAUAAUAGGCGGCUUUGGGUUUUCCGGAACCUGGAGAGACUGGGAAAGUGUGAUGAAAUAUUUGUUAGAGAGGGCUCUUAUAUUCCUUCUUCCAAGUUUACCACAUAUAAUGGAGGCGAAUCAGUUAUUGUUCGCAAUGGCUCCCCAGGAGGAAUUUGGCAUCGAAGACCAAGUGUGAAAAAGCCAAGGCCUGCUCCUACUAUAGCCAUUAACAAAAUACCAGUAUCUGUCAACGAUAGUAAUAAGGAAAAUGUUGCAAAGAUAUAUACCAUUGAUGACAAUACCAUUGAUUCGCCAGACAGACGUCCAUUUCGGGAAGUGGGAAAUUUUGUUCCUAGCUAUAGCGUGAUGGAUGAAAAUAUCAGUACACAUCCUGAAUUUGAGAGUGACACAGAUUCCCUUUCUACAAGUUCUUCUUUAGGGCAAAGUAAAGAUCUUCAUAAUUAUGAAAACAGAGGAUAUCUUACAUCUUCGGUAAAUUCAGAUAAAUCAUCACCGCAGGAAACGCAAACGGAUCAAGGGGAGAGUUCAACAGUUAAUGUUUCGGAUGAAACCACUAUAGAAUUAGACAUUCCACCUUGUCAGAAUGCUGUUGAUGAAGACAAUAAUUUAACUGUGGUAGUGAACCCGAAAACGGCAUUGAUUGAUACUAAUAAGAAAUGUAGAAUACGAUGUAUCAUUAUAACCGCCAUAGUAGUUAUUCUACUUUUAGUGUCAAUUAUAUAUCUUGCUAUAUAAACUUAAACUGUUAUCUUUUAUUCCUUUCAGCAAAAUAUGUAGGUUUUUCAUUUAAAUUGUAUUAAGUAAAUACAGUGUUUCAAAUCUGAUCGUCUUUUAGAUUGAAUGUAACUUAUUUUGGGGUGAUUUGGUUCAACAGUCCUUCUUCCCUGCUAUUGUUUUAAUGCUUUACGUCGUAUAUCAGAUAUGCAGUCAUGAAUAACGCAAGUGAAUGAAUAUUUUGAAUUCGCCUGAGAUAUUUAUAUGUAAAUUAAAAGUAUGUUUGUAAAAUGCUAAAAAUCCAAUAGUCUGUCUGCAGCGACCUUACGAGUGCAAUGUCUUUAUCUAUCUUAUGAGUAAUAUAACUAAAAAUAGCACGAAUAACCAUUUUAUUUUUAUAUGUAGUGGAAAAAAAUAUUUUAUAUAUAACUCAAAAUGAAUUUCCGAAAAUAUUGAUUUACAUUACCUUUAGUUAGAUAACGUCUUAAGCUAAAUAUAGCUUUACCUGUAUAAGCUAAUAUUACGUAAGCACUUUUGUUUUUUACUUGUUGAAAAAAAGGUUGUAAUUUAAGAAGGUGUAAAUGUAGCUAGACACAAUGAGGUUUAUUGCUCAUUCAUACAUAAAUGCUGUUAUAAAAUGCACAUAGAUUUUAGGCAUUUAUUGUAAAUAAUAUUGUAAGUGAUUCUACUUUAUUUAAUUUACCUAUUAAAUGCCAUCACGUAUUAAAUUCUAACAUCCAGAGGUAAAGAAUAUCGAAUUGUGUUUGGCAUUUUUUUCUUCUUCAAAAAAGUAAAAUGUGUAAGGUGAAUUAAAUGAAAAUGAUUGUUUGUGUCAGAAAACAAUAUUUGAUUUUAAGGAACAAACUUUGUUUCAUUGACGAGUUUUAAUAUGAGAUUAAGUGUAAGCUAUGCACAUUUUUUGUGGUUUUACUAAGUAAUACGUCGUUUACGUCAAACGGUCAGCUAAGGAGGCAGUUCAUUGAACUGUGUUCAUAUAUGCUUUAAUUAACAUUUUUUCUUGUUUUGUUGACAUGUAUGUUUUUUCAGAGCGCCAUUGUUUGCUAAGCAAAAAUGACUGUGAUACAUUUUAUUUCAAUUAUUGUUUUGAAGUUAUAUCGUUAUGCUGAAAAAUAAAUUAUGAUUGUAAA